UUUGUGGUUAUGUUCCUCAACUGUCACCUGUCAAUAAUAAAAUGUCAGACUUGUCAAACUUUCCAUUUCCGAUAAACCUUCAACAUAAACAAUAAAACCGGAUGAAAAAACCAUUUCCAGUCGAAUGAGGUAAGCCCCCCGUGUGAUCCCAGAGCAGCCCUUAACGCCCUAACUGUGCAGAAAUGGCCCAUUCUGGCGUCGUCCCAGCUGGCAAGCGAAAAGAAAUUUACAAAUACAUAGCACCAUGGCCGCUGUUCAGCAUGAACUGGUCUGUGCGCCCCGACAAACGCUUCCGGUUGGCUCUGGGGAGUUUCGUCGAAGAAUACAACAACAAAGUACAAAUCGUGUCUUUAGAUGAAGACAGUAGUGAAUUCUCGCCCAAAAGUACGUUUGACCAUCCAUAUCCCACCACGAAAAUCAUGUGGAUACCGGACAGUAAAGGAGUUUACCCAGAUUUAUUAGCGACCAGUGGAGAUUAUUUGCGGGUGUGGCGCGCUGGCGAACCCGACACUCGUCUCGAAUGCGUCUUAAACAAUAACAAAAACUCCGACUUUUGCGCCCCCUUGACGAGUUUCGACUGGAAUGAAGUAGAUCCAAAUCUUGUUGGAACCUCAUCGAUAGACACCACGUGCACAAUUUGGGGUCUGGAAACGGGCCAGAUCAUCGGACGCGUUAAUCUAGUUUCCGGACAUGUUAAAACCCAACUAAUCGCCCAUGACAAGGAAGUCUAUGACAUCGCUUUCUCUCGAGCUGGAGGAGGCCGAGACAUGUUUGCCUCAGUAGGAGCCGACGGUUCCGUUCGGAUGUUUGAUUUGAGACACCUGGAGCACUCUACUAUCAUUUACGAAGAUCCAGCUCAUACUCCUCUUUUGAGAUUGGCAUGGAAUAAACAAGACCCUAAUUAUUUGGCUACGAUCGCCAUGGAUGCCUGUGAAGUCAUUAUUUUGGAUGUGAGGGUUCCAUGUACACCUGUGGCCAGAUUGAAUAACCACAGAGCGUGUGUUAAUGGAAUUGCAUGGGCCCCACACUCAAGUUGUCACAUUUGUACAGCUGGAGAUGAUCAUCAAGCUUUAAUAUGGGAUAUUCAACAGAUGCCAAGGGCUAUUGAAGAUCCUAUUUUAGCAUACACAGCUGCCGAAGGAGAGGUUAAUCAGAUACAGUGGGGGGCCACGCAGCCGGAUUGGAUCGCUAUUUGUUAUAAUAAGUGUUUAGAAAUACUAAGGGUUUAAAAACAA